UUUGUCUGUUUGUUCAGGGUGGAUGUGAGCUGUAGUAAAGUUUAAUCCUAAUCCAUCUGCAUCUCAUUGUGAGUGAGUGAGUGAUUACAGUAGCCUGUUCGAGACACCUGGCUCUGAUUUGCCCCGGGGCUUUGACUGAUGCAUGGAUGUGUAGCUGAGAAGAGUUACAAUAUUACAGGCACCAAACCUGCAGAGGAAGGGAAAAAUGAGAUAACAUAUUUUAAUCUUUGUUUUUUUCAUAGCUGUAUCAUUGCAGCCCAGGAGUUUUUUUUUUUUUUUUUUUUAACAAAAUGGACAUAUCUGCAAGCUGAGGAAGUCAGAGGAGGUAAUGAAAGACGGGUGACUCCUAUAGGGAAAGCAGCAAAGGAUCAUGGGAUGCGGCAUGGGAAAAUCCAGAAUCCAGCCGAACAAAUGUGACAGAGUGAGCAUUUCUGUUCCAGCUGCUACGGCAAUUAGAGCAGCUUUGCUGAUCCAGCGUUGGUAUCGACAGUAUGUUGCCAGGCUGGAAAUGAGACGCAGGUGCACGUGGAACAUCUUCCAGUCUAUUGAAUAUGCAGGCGAGCAAGAUCAAAUAAAGCUGUACCAUUUCUUUGGCUUCUUGAUGGACCAUUUCACCCCAGCCAGCAGCGAAAGAAACCUAAUAUCUCACAUCUUUCGUGAGAAUGAGGUCUGCCGUGACGCAGACUGGGAAAGAUAUUUCUGCUACAAAGACAUAGAGGUACCGGACAGCUACUGCGGCCCCCACCUGGCUUUCCCCAUGACGUUCUGUGGGGUGUCCAAGCUAAUGGAAGCUUUCAAGCUGAAACAACAGCUCCACGCUCGUUAUGUUCUGCAGAUCCUUGGAGAAACUUGGAGACUUCUAAGGAUCCUUCCUAACAUCAAUCAUGUGUCGGUCUGCCACACUAAGGAGAUUACGAUAUGUGGGGAUUUGCAUGGGCAGCUUGAAGAUCUGCUAUUGAUAUUCUAUAAGAAUGGUUUACCCUCAUGUGAGAAACCUUAUGUCUUCAAUGGAGACUUUGUGGAUCGUGGCAAGAAUUCUUUAGAGAUUCUGCUCAUCCUGUUUGGGUUCCUGCUUGUUUACCCCAAUGAAGUGCAUCUGAACAGAGGGAACCAUGAAGAUCACAUUGUUAACUUGAGAUAUGGUUUCACCAAGGAGGUCUUGGGAAAAUACAGAGUGCACGGAAAGAAGAUCCUAAAGCUGCUCCAAAAGAUCUUCAGCUGGCUCCCUCUGGCCACAGUGAUCAACCAUAAGGUCCUGGUUGUACAUGGAGGGAUCUCUGACUCAACAGACCUCGACAUGGUCGCCAGGAUGGACAGACACAGAUACGUGUCGGUCCUACGGCCUCCUAAAGCGAUCCGUCCCACGCUCAACGGCAACAAAGCAGGGAGCGGCAAGGACGAAGACGCGUCCGGACCAGCAGAAGGCCGCCGCCGCCGGGUGCGCUCGCUGACCAACACCUCGGCCCCGGGUCAGAGGAACAACAUCCCGCGUCGCUCCCUCCACAACCUGCCCACCGGCGGCGCCCAGCUGAACUGCUCGGUGGAGGACGAGCUGAAGGAGAGGCGCAGGCUGGCUGGGUUCGAUCAGACCUACAGAGAAGUGAAGACGUUGGACUCUGACUCGGACCCGGAGUUUGGAGAACCCACAGAAACACACGGGCACGAGUGGAAACAAAUAGUGAACCUCCUAUGGAGCGAUCCGAUGCCUCAAAAUGGCUGCAUUUCCAACGAGGUGCGAGGCGGAGGCUGCUACUGGGGGCCAGAUGUGACUGAGGAGGUGCUGGGAAAACACAACCUUCAGCUUCUCAUCCGCUCCCACGAGUGCAAACAGGACGGCUACGAGUUCUGCCACAAUCGCAGGGUGAGCACAGAAAGAAACACGGUGCUGACCAUAUUUUCAGCCUCUAAUUAUUACGAGGUGGGCAGCAACAGAGGAGCCUACAUCAGAAUGGGUCACGAUCUGGUCCCUCAUUUCAUUCAGUACCAAGCCAGCAGGACAUGCAGGGAGCUGACCCUGAGACAAAGCGUUGGCUGGACAGAGAGAUCAGCCCUGCGAGCGCUAAGGCAGCAGCUGUUUGUACACAAGUCGGAUCUCGUCGGUGCCUUCCAGGAGUUUGACCCAAACAACACCGGGGUGAUUUCUCUACGCCACUGGGCGACAGCUACGGAGAGAGUGCUGAAGCUGGGUUUGCCUUGGAGGGUGCUGCGCCCGCAGCUCAUCAACAGGGCCCAGCACGGCAUGGUGGACUACCAGCAGUGGAUACGAGAGCUCUCCAUCACUGAGCCCAAACCAGAGGUGUCGGACACCAGCAUCAUGGAGACGAUGUACAAAAACCACUCCAACCUGGAGACCAUCUUCCGCAUCAUAGACACGGAUCACUCAGGUUUGAUCUCUUUCGAGGAGUUUCGUCAGACUUGGAAGCUCCUGAGCUCUCAUCUUAAAAUGGAAAUCAGUGAUAAGGCCAUCACUGACCUGGCCCAGAGCAUGGACUUCAACAAGGACGGCAGCAUCGACAUCAAUGAGUUCAUGGAGGCCUUUCGCCUGGUCGACCUCUCCACACACGCCUGAUGGAGAGAAGUUGGGAGUAAUAGGUUAGAUGAUUCUUUUUUUUUGUUUGAAAACCACCAAACCAAACAGUCUGAAGAUCAGGCCAAACGCCUUGUUAGUUGUUUUUAAAUGUGCUGGGUAAAUAAAAUGGACGUUUUACAGUGUUGGCUUAGUUAAAUCAUCUGGACCCAUAUUUUCUAAUGGGUAGGUUAUCUGGGUGCGUUAUUUCUCCAUCUGUACCGUAGGUGUUUCCUACAUAGUGGAGUUCUACCGUGAUUUUCUACAAUUUUGUACUUAAACAUUGCCUAUUUAGUUGGUGAAAGAAAAUAGACAUUCUCUGAUCAACCAUUGUAUAUAUGGGUGCCAAUUUGAUGCCUAAUAUGACUUAAAACUUAUAACUAAGCCUGCAGUUGUUCAAAAUCAUUUACGUUUUUCCAAGUUGUUCAUUCGACAACACACAGAGACCCACUUAUCUCAGUCACUCCUCAAAAUGGGAAAGACAAAACAACACCAGUAAGUCAGGAAACGUUGACAAUAGCUGCUCACCUAAAAUGAUCUGCAUACAGUUCAGAAAAACAAAGAGGAAAAGCACCUCUGACCCAUUAAACACAGUGGAGGAUCUGUGAUGCUGUGGGCCCGUUUCUUCUCCACAAGCCUUGGAAGACCGUUUCAGGAUAACCUGCUAAAUAUUCAUAUAAAACAUCCAGAACUCUUACCCUUGAAGAGCACAACUGACUUUCUAUUGGAAUAUCAAACAUCCCAUUUGUAAGGUUUGCUAUUGAACAUAUCAAUAAAAAAAAAAAAAGAUUCA